AUGUGCAUAGCGGGACUGAAUGAGAGACCUCUCUGGGACUGCUCAGACAUAGUCCAGCUCGAUUCAUUCCACAAGUCACUUCUAACCGUUGUCUUUCAUUUUUAUAUUGUCCAGCAUCGGCCACAGGAUGAUCUUGUAUGUUCUCUCAUCAUAAACGUUGGCGAUUUGCAUCCUGUGAGUGCUGAUAUGGGUUACUUAAAUGCCACGCAUGCGCGACUUUCAACAUUGCGGACGCGUAUAAGUGAAGAUUACAUCAAGCUGACGUCGCUGCGGUCGCGGGCCAAGUCUUUGCGGUCCGAAAUCGAAGCUGUUGACAAAGAGGAAAAUGCUCUGCAGUCGUCAUUGCGAGCCUGCUCUGACAAAGUCUGGCGGAUACUCGGUCGAAUAGAGUCACGCAAAACCGAACUUGACAAGAUGCUGCAGCUCUAUAAUUUGAGGAAGCUUGAUGUGCUAAAUGAUUUGACAAAAACCUUUCCUAUUGAUGUUGUCGGGGAGGCACCGGUUCUCGGGAAAUCUCUCCCUUCCCCAUCAGACUAUCUCAUGACAAUCUGUGGACUGCUCCUUGUUGACAGUGACGCCCCUGGUUUUAUAAGCGCCGCACCGCUAGCCUCCUGGGUGGACGUUGGAAACGGGAAGUUGGCGGUUAAGGAGCAGUCGGCGGUUGUGUCCGGGUCGCUCGAUGACUCCCUCCGACUUUCCCAAUCAAUACGCAGUCUCCUCUUGGUAAAUAAGCCACAAACAGCUAGCACGGCGCUUGCUCAUGUCGCCUCUCUCCUACAACUCGUUUCCUCCGCCCUCGAUGUGCCCCUCCGUUUCCCGAUUAGGCGGCAGCUUGAAUGCGACUUUCAAAUCCGCAUCGUUGAUCCAUUUGCCCAGGGUGACGAUGAGAGCUUUCCACUGUAUGUGCAACGGAACGGAGAGCUGUACCGGUAUGCCGUUUUUUUGCUUAACCUUAACAUCACAAUCCUCCGGAGUUUCUUCAAUUUCCCGACUCUUAAUCAAAGAGCUAGUUUGUGGAAUCUCAAGAAUUUCCUGGCGACACACCUUCAAUCCAUCGAUUGGAAACAACUAUCGCCAUGUUUGGAAGACAAUAAUCACAUCAGUGAUGCGACCGACAGCUGA